AUGCUUCGUCUCCCACCGAAGUACAAGGCAGCAGAGUCGUUGUACCAGACGCCGGACUUGCAACACAUCACCACGUCUCGCAAACAGGACGGGGCAUUCUCAACUCGGCCAUCAGAGGUCGAGAUCAUCUCGCGGCGCAGGACUCGCCCAGUGCCGCUACAUCUCACCUCGGCUAAGCAGAGAAAAGUCGGCGCUCAGUCGCCUCCAGCAUCAGGCGCUCGGUCGCCUCCAGCCUCAGGCGCUCGGUCGCCAAGAGCUCACGGCGCCCAGUCGCCUCCGGUAACCUGCGUUCGGUCGCCAAGGAAAACCGGCGCACAAUUACCGAAUCCACCAGGAGCUCAGCCGCUGCAUCCUCUGAGCACUAUAGACCUGAUCCUCGGCGACAGUCCGCCAUACGCCAGGAACGAACAACCGGCUCCAGGAGCUCCACUACCGCUGUCCAAGCAGAAUCACCUCCCGGGCAGCCCCGGGACGAAAAGGAAGGACACUAAGGCCCGGCUGCAAGCACUGUUCGGCGCUAGCCCGCCAAAGACCAGCCCCGGGCGUACCGGUUCAAGAAUUAGGAGGGAUCGACCGGUCAUUCCGGACAUCGGACGGCCACGGAGUACCACGCCUCCGAUCCAGUGGUACCCUCCUCCUCUCAUUUCGCCGCCACGAAGGACGCCACGAAAGGAGAGCAUUGCCACGCAGACGAGCCCCCGGAAAAUCUACGUUGACGGCGACGCAAACAAAGAAGCGGGGAGGAAGGGCACGUAA